AUGAAAUUCAAUACCAUAAACUCUUUACGACUCGCUUUAAGCUUGUUUGCCUUUUCUGUAAUAGCAAAAGACCCGGAAGGGGAGCCUUACCAUUCUGGAGUUCCCAUUCUGAGACGGGCUACUCCUGUGCGGAAUGGAACCACUACAGCGAGAUUGAUACCUUCAUCUAGUCGCCAUUCUCUUCCACCUUCAACAAUUCGUUCGUCAGGAACUUCAUCAUCUCGUGGUCCCACCUCAGUCCCAACAAAUGCACCAACAAUCACUAGCCCCCCAGUCUCAUCAGAGGCACCAACUACGACGCCACCGGUAACAACAACGGUCAGCAAUGGAGAUGCCAUUGUAGUACCUUUCGGCGCAGUUGUCGUAGGAGGCCCUGGCGGCGGUUCUUUCACCAUCGCGGGCUCGGCUGCAGCGCCCGUUGCAGUUGCGGCCGGCACGACCGUGACAGCCGGCUCUUCGUCGGAGGGAGACAAACCCGAUGACCCGGACAAGCCCCCGAGCUCCGUGCCUGAACAGCCCACCUCCGAACCGCCCGCCAGUACGGUACCUGAUAGUUCGGCGCCCGCAAGUACAGCGCCCACCAGCGCAAGGUCGACAAGUUCGGCUCCAAGCGGCACACCUGAACCAUGCCUCAUUUUCCCAAAAGAUCAGGCCACCAGCCAGGAAAAUGCAGAUUUCAUUUCUCUACUAGACAAAGAGCUCGUAAAAGAUAAUUACAGAGCAACUGUCGAUAAGGUAGUAAUGUUUGUAAGCGCCAAUAUCACUCGCGUGCAGCAAGCGACUCUUUCUGAAAAUCCCUUGGUCGGCGGCGUUGAGCCGGUUGUUAACUUUGACAACAACGCCGGAAAGUCCGUACUGGUUCCGAACAGCAAGCGCGACGACGAGAUCCAUGAGAAGUGGUGGAUGGAGUCGCUAGACAAACUUGGAAGAAUAAAGAAGCGCGCGGUAGUAAAGCAGGACAAAGCGCCAACCGAGCUCAUCAUGUUCUCCCAGCCUCCGCUGGUAGACAUCAAAGUGCUUAGUGCUUACACGUACGAUGACAGUGCGGGAACCGAUAUCACGGUCUACGUCCUGGACAGUGGAUACUACACCAAGAACAGCGAGUAUACCGUUGAUAAUCCGACCAAGUUCAAUCAGAAAAUGAUUAGCUAUUACGUCAGGGAGAUGAUCAAAGAAGACGUUAUCUUCAUCGCAGCAUCUGGCAAUGACAACAGGGAAGAAGUCGACGAUGGUAAAGUUGCCGCGCUCGACGUAGACUCGUGGCCCCCCUUGUUAGCAGGCUCUGGCGUGCCGAUCAUCAACGUUGGAGCCGUUGAUAACACUGGCAAGAAUGCCUCAUUCUCCCAGGGAGGUCCUCUUGUUCAUGUCAUGGCACCCGGGGUCCAGGUCCAGUGUGCUGCCAACUCAUUCUUCUCUAACACACAGAAACUAGAUGGAACUUCCUUUGCCGCGCCCGCGGUAGCUGGCCUCGCAGCCUAUUUGCUUGCAUUGGGGGAGUACCCAGAACUGUACCAGUCUGGAAAGGUAGCGGAGAACAUGAAAAAGCUCCUCAUCGAUAUGGCGUACCAAAGAGUACCAGAUGGCGGCCAGGUCGUUUUCAAUGGUCAAGGAGCUGUAUGUUCUCGCCCCAGAAGCGCCAAGAUGAGAAGGCAAGACCUUAGCGGCGAGGCAUGCUCCGUUGUCUCGUCCACGAGUACGAUACAGCCCACACCGACCGGCACGAAGCCACCAAGCUCGACGGCUGCCCCUUCCAAGGCUCCUCCGACGACAACUUCAAAGCCACCUGCAACAACAUCUGCACCUCCACCUCCACCUCCGCCGCCGGCACCAAAGACUCUGUUCUCGUUGAAUGAGCAGGUCGCAGCGGGUACUACGUCAUGCUUUCCUACAAACAGCUUUUCUACCACAGCUGGCACGACGUACGGCUUCUCGUUUGAAGUUGACGCUGGCCUGCUGGUCAGUAUUCAGACCGGUUCGACAGAU